AUGAACAUACGGCGGUCGAAUCCUAUCAACAUUUCACGUUAUGGGAGAUCGAGACAUAAAACGCACGAUUUUGAAGAGCUGUCUUGUCUAAGGACUACAGAAAGCUUCAGUCCAAAUCUAGGAUCGCCAAGUCCACCCGAAACCCCGGACUCUUCCCACUGUAUUUCCCGGAUUGGGGACUACCUAUUGUUGGAGCCAUUGGAGGGAGACCACGUUUUUAGGGCCGCCCACCUCCACAGCGGGGAAGAGCUCGUAUGUAAAGUCUUCGACGUCGCUCGCUACCAGGAGUCUCUGGCGGCCUACUUCGCCCUGGGACAGCACCAGCACAUAAACCAGAUCCUGGAGAUCCUGCUCGGGGAGACUCGGGCCUAUGUGUUCUUCGAGCGGAGCCACGGGGACAUGCACUCUUUCGUCCGCACCUGCAAGAAGCUGGCGGAGGACGAGGCGGCGCGACUCUUCCAUCAGAUAGUGUCCGCUGUAGCACACUGCCACGACAAUGGACUGGUCCUACGAGACCUCAAACUGCGCAAGUUUGUCUUCAAAAACGAGGACAGAAACCUGGUGAAGCUGGAGAGCCUGGAGGACACCUACAUCCUGGACGGGCUCGACGACUCGCUCUCCGACAAGCACGGAUGCCCCGCCUACGUCAGCCCCGAGAUCCUCAACGCCAACGGCAGCUACUCGGGCAAGGCCGCGGACGUGUGGAGCCUGGGCGUCAUGCUGUACACCAUCCUCGUGGGCCGGUACCCCUUCCACGACAUCGAGCCCGGCUCCCUGUUCAGCAAGAUCCGCCGCGGGCAUUUCAACAUCCCGGAAACUCUCACUCCCAAGGCCAAAUGCUUGAUACGCUCCAUCCUCCGCCGCGAGCCCAACGAGCGGCUGACUUCCAGGGAGAUCUUGGCGCACCCUUGGUUUAUCGCGUGCGGUGGACCGGGAGUUAGGGGCGAGAAGGAUACGGAGCAAACGGUGCCUGACGUCAACAUGGAAGAGGAGCUGGAGCAGUUUUUUUGCUGA